UCGACAACAGGCCUCGUCUCGCUCUCAAAAUACAGUGAAUAAAGAAGAAAACUACUAAAGAUGGCCAGUAUGAAUGUUCAAGCCUGGUUUAUGGGGGAUUCUGAUGCCGAUCAGCGAAGAAAACACCAUUGCAAUCCACCAGAAUACGUGGACGAAGAAUACAUCGGCAAGCAUGGCAUCAAGUUCUGGAAGGUAAAUCCUGAUGACUAUGAGAAUGAUGCAACUUACAACAAGGUCAGGGCUGACCGUGGCUAUAAUUAUGAGGAUGAGAUUACCAUCACCAAAGAGAAGCUUCCUAACUAUGAAGAGAAGGUAAACUGGAUAUAUUAUUUACAUCUUCAUUUGGACGAGGAGAUUCGAUUCUGUCUCGAUGGGAGCGGUUACUUUGACUUCAGGGAUUUCAAGGAGCGUUGGGUCCGCAUGAAGUUCACCAAGGGGCUCUUCUUUGUUCUUCCAGCCGGCAUCUACCAUCGCUUCACCCUGGACACCAACAACUAUGUGAAGGCCAAACGUCUGUUCGUUGGUGAGCCUGUAUGGACGCCCUACAACCGCCCAGCAGACGAGAAACCCCAGAGAGCCACGUUCUUAGAAUCCAUCAAGCACUUGACUGAAGAUUAACUCCAAGGACCUGUUUCACAAAGCCUCUUUUCAACAACAAAUGACAAAACUCAGUGACCAAUCUGUUGAUAACCAAUCAGUAGCAUGGAUUUCAGUAGCUUAUAACAAAAACUGUCAUUUGUCACUGAUGACAAGUUUUGUGAAAUGCCCCCCAGGAGUACUCUCUGGCGGCAAAACGAAAACCAACAUGAUAAUUAUAGCAGGGUAAUUUUAGAUACAUCUACUACUAAUUUUGCAUUUUCAUCAUUGACAAUUGCCUUCAUCAUUGAUCAUUGCAGUAAGGAAUUACUUCUACUUUAGCAGGGUCUUGAGGGUUGUAUUUCAUACUUGUUCUUGAGCUGAUAAUGUCUUUCACUUUCUGAACCUCUCUGGAAAAAUUGGAAGAUACUAUUUAAUUCUGUUCAGAAAGGGGAAAGUGUGAAAGAAACUGUAUUUUAAAUGUAUCUUGAUGUGCCUGAAAAGUGAUGUUGAAAAGUUUCAGGCAGAAAGAUUAUAUCAUUCCUAUUCACUCUGAUUUAUGGCACUUUUGUUUGCUGUUUACAUGUAGAUAGUUUCUCAUUAGCUUGACAAUUCAACAUGGAAUAAUCACCAAGUGGGCAACUGGCAUUCCAGAAUUCACUUGUUCAUUUGCAGAGAGUAUCAAACUUUAAGAUAAUACAAAGGUUCUUUAUUAACAUCUAAUGUUAUGAAACUUAUGAUAAUAACCACAAGAUACAUGUACAACUUGACCAUUAUUUGUUAAAUUGUUUUCCUUCUAAACAUAAAGUGUAUAAUAAUAGUAUAUACUUGUGGUCCUUACAAUUCACCAUUAAAACAAAAUGGGAAUGGCUGUAAAUGUUAACCAUACAAGAUUCCAUUGUUUAUUCUGGAUCUGUGGAAAUGUAAUUCGUUAAAAAGCACUAGGUAUUAGUAUCAAAUUCUUUAUUGUAGUGCACUUAUAUUCAUAUCUGCUAUGAAAUCAUAUUACGCUUUGUAGUUGGUAUUAUAUUAUUGCUCUGAGUAUCGCAUCUGUUGUGUACUCCUCUCAGAUUCAUAUUUUGUUGUAUUUAUGUUUACUCAGAUUCACAUUUACUGGCAGCUGUGUAAAUUGGAUCCAAUCGUUUUGCCAAACAAAUGAGCUUGUCUUUAAUAUUGCAUUAGUUGAAUUUAUUUUGUUGGACCAUUAUUGGACUGUGUAUGAAACUGCUCUGAAUGUUCGAAAAUACUCUGGGAAAGUGAUAUGUUGAAAUUGAAUAGAAUAAUAAUUUACAAAUUUUCUGUAGUUAUAGGGAAUAUAAAGAGUUGGUACAGGUUACUUCAUGAAUUUGUUCUUUGAUGGUGAUGGAUUUAGAUUCAGAUACAUAGUCCUUGAACUAUAUAAAAAUUAAGGUGGGGUGUUGUAUUAUGAAUUUAUAAUCAAUAGUGGUUGGGUAUAUUAUUAUGUUUUUAAUUUAAUGCUGAGGAACAUCAGUAUACAUGUACAUAUAAUGUGAAUAGCUUUACCCGCCACUGCCAAAGUACUCUUCACGUUCGAACCACAUACAUCAACAAUUGUAGCAUAUAAAAAUGAACAUUAGAAGCAAUUUUGUAUCUGAAGUACGGAUUGAUACAAUCUCUUGUAGGACAAUCAACUGGAUAAUAUAUUCAGUCUAGUCUGCAGUUAAUGAUAAUAAUAAUAAUAGGCAUUCCUAUAGCGCCGUUUAUCUAGAAAUUCUAUUCUGAGGCGCAUAUAUUAUUACCUCGGGUUUAGGCUAGCUGCCAUUACAGCGCUCCAGCAUUUCAAGGAGUUGUUGAAGUUGACACUUUUUUAUGCCAGUCUGGUUGUGUCCGGAGCAGGUAAAGUACAGAGCUUAUAAAUGCAGUUAGCCUAGUCUCACAUUGCAGACUCUGUCACACACACCUGACGAGGGGUUGACUGUGCCUGCAAACCAUAUUUAGUCGGUUCCAUGUAUGUGAGGGACAACUUACCCUUGACUUGUUCAUUUUCAAGUACAUGCAACUUGAAAAAUUCACUGGUUUUGAGUUUUAUGCCAGUGAUCAUGAAAAUAAUUGAUUAAAUCAGCCUGGAUUUGGCAUUUUAUUACAGAUUAGCAGAAAA